AUGUCAAGUAUAACACGCGGGCGCCAGCGCCCGGGUUCAGCGUGUGACGAGUGUCGGCGCCGCAAGCUGCGCUGCGAUGGGCAGCAACCGCAAUGCGGGGUCUGCCAGGAGACAGACAUUGUAUGUGAAGUCACACCGCGUGGGACCAGAGGACCAAAAAAGGGACACCUAAAGGCCCUGAAGAACCGAGUCGAACAACUGGAGGCUAUGCUGGAGAGCAGUCUCUCGGCCCAGGAACCAGAUGACCUCCAUAUCCAAAACCGAAGCAACGCCCAAAGCAGUAGCGAGGGGACUGUCACAGCAUCACCUGUAGAUGCGAUACGACCUACUACACUCAAUAUCGCGGAGCCAUGGCAGCCGACGGUGACGUCUUCUGUUCCGGAGCCAGGGGCUUUCGGAUUCCUGUCUGACUCCCCUUCUCUUUCCCAUGGAUUGUCAUCAUCGUCGACCCUGUCAAUUAACAUCUGUCUGCCUCCCACGGAUAUCGUGCGGGCAGAAUUAGACCAGCUCUACUUAGACCGUGUGCACCAUUCGAUCCCCAUUCUCCAUCAGCGACGGUAUCUAUCCUGGUCCAAAUCUACUACCAAAUGUGCAUCCCGUACAUGUUUACAGUAUGCCAUGUGGGCAUUGGCUUCCCUUCUGUCAACCCAGUUCCGCCAUAUGAUCGAGCCACUGUACCAGAAGACAAAGCAGAUGCUGGAGCAUCUCAGCCUGGAAGCCAAUGAAAAGAUCAACUUGACUACAGAGCUUGCUCAAGCGUGGGUGCUUGUUGUAAUAUUCGAGUCCAUGCGAACAUAUCAUCAACAGGCGUGGAUGAGUGUCGGUCGAGCUUUUCGCUUAGUCCAAGCCAUGCGGUAUCAUGAAAUCGACAGCCCUCAUGAUAGAAAAGGGUCUUCUUCUCAGAUGGGCGACUUUACUGAGAUCGAAGAGAAACGUCGGGUAUUUUGGAUGGCCUACUUCCUUGAUCAUGUUAUCAGCAUACGCGAUGACUGGCCAAUCACGUUAAAUGAACAUGUGAUCUGCACCCGACUUCCAGCUCCAGAUGCAGAGUUUCAAGCCGGGCACCAUCAGCUGGGACCUUUCCUAUCGGAAGCUAUGACAGACCCUGAUCUCAAAGUCCGCUCACCAUUCAACGAAUGUCUCAUUUUAGUUACUAUUUGUGGACGUAGUCUGCUCCAGAGUCAGCAGCACCAUAUAUCUAAGGCCUACGGAGGAAUGACAAUAAACUACAUGGAGCAGCGUCUAUGGUUGGAAACCCUCCUGACGACAAGACUUCAGGUCUUGUCUCAGUGUUAUCCAUCCCCUACAGAGGCCUAUGAUCCCCUGCUAUUAUUCGCCAGCAUCCUUGGCCAAGCUACCGUUAUCUACUUCUGCAAAAUGAUAAUGGACUCAACCAUAAUUCCCAACAGCGAGUCGGAGGUCAAUGUUGAUCUAUUUGAUCCUCAAAAUCGGGCCCUUGAUGCUUCUACGAACAUCAUCCGUCUCGCCUCGACAUUGCACGACUUACCAUUUGCUAAGGUAGGUCUUUUUCUCUGA